CUUGUCCGUACACGCACUACUCUGCUGCGUGUAUUGAAACACCUACAUGCCUGACUGCGCCAGAGGAAGGGGCCAAGUCCGGCUGUCUUAUGGGCCCCGACCAGCCCAGUUGGUGUCCCAGUCCGUUCAGCGGUUGAAACAGACCUAGACGGAAAAGCGCUCCGUGUCGUCAUCCGGUCUUUACCUCAACCAAACGACCGCCGCUUCGUCCCACUCCGCUUGCUGUAACACACUGUAUGGAUCUCUCGGGACCCGACGCGGCUGAAGAUUGUGCUUGCUAGCUGGAUCGUACGGUUUCUGGUGGAUGGGUGUUCAAGGGCUCAGACCCUUUUUGGAAAAGACUUGUCCGCAGGUGAUUCAUUAUCUUCCACAGCGGCUCAGUGCAUUAGAUGGGAAGAGAAUUGUUAUCGAUGGUACCCUCAUUACCCAACGCUUCCACUACGCCCCUAUGCCACAACAGUACCGGCAUGUGCUGUCCUGGUAUCGCCUAGCACGCUCCCUGAAAGAACAUAACGUCCAAGCUAUCUGUGUCUUUGAUGGAGGGUUGCGUAGCGUGGCUAAGGAACCCGAGGUCGAGCGACGCCGUCAAGAGCGACGACUAACAGCCGCACGAGGCCUGUUCGAAUCCGAUCGCUUGCACAGAUUGCGUCUUCUCUCUACUUCUUUACGAGAGUGGCGUUCGUCUGAUCCGGGGAAGCGCGAGCGAGAGCUGGCAGACUUCAAAAUACUGAUGGAUGUCUCGAAGCUGCCAGCACACCCCAUUGUUACACCUCCAUCCGGGACAGUGGCAAACACUGACGUCCUUGAUUCCACCUUCGAACAGCGGCCUUCGAAGACGGAGACAUCGGCGAGUUCCCCAAUCUCUCGUGCCAUACCGGAGAAAUCGCAACCGGAGUCCACACCUCGAGGCCUCGACAGUACACGAACAUACCUACAGCGACAUCCUGAAGCCCCGCCUCAGGAGGUCAAGAAACCGGGACUUGCCACGCGUCUUCUGCGAAUGGUCUCCCAGUAUUGGGCCAGUGUGCCGAAGCUCGAGUCCUUGACCCAACCGCCUUCCACUCCACAACCGCCUUCCACUUCACAGCCGACUGCCGUGAGGGUGGAACCUUCAGAUAGUCCUUCUGCAGUGGAGCUGGACUCUGCUGCUGGGAUGGCGGGAAACGAUCCUAUUAGGCAGCCACCUGCCACAGAGGAAUCCUCAACCAACCCUUCUGAAAUAGAGCCAGACGAGAACAUUCCACCUGCUGUGGAGGUGGAAUCAUCGAUUAUACGCCCUACCGUCGACCUGGAUCGGGACACUCAAGCCGCUCUGGUAGAGUAUGCUCUAUCGAAGAGCCAACAAAGUCUUAUGGAAGAAGAAGGCAAGCUCUGGGACAUGCUUGCCGAGUCCUUGACUUCGGACGACCUCCCAGAAUCCAUCACUAGAUAUGCCGAGGACUUGGAAGCGAAGAGCAGCGUUCUCUCCGAAUCCUAUCAGCGGCGCACUUACGCGCCCACGCAAAGCACGUACUCCGAGAGCAGGCAGAUUCUACGUGCUAUGGGAAUUCCUUGCGUCGAGUCCAUUAGUGCUUUCGAGGGCGAAGCCUUAGCCGCCUCUCUCGUCGUCAAUGGCUACGCUGACUACGUUGCCAGCGAGGACAUGGACGUACUUGUCUACGACGCCCCGCUGCUCCGUAACAUAGCCAGCAGCCAAGAUCCCCUCUUCGUGGUCCACCCCGACGAAGUCCGCGCAGCUCUCGGGCUCGACCAGACUCGCUUCGUCGACUUCGCCCUUUUGCUCGGCACGGACUUCUCGCAGCGGAUCAAGAACAUCGGCCCCGCACGCGCGCUCGCAUUCAUGCGCCAGCACGGCUCGAUCGAGCGCAUCCUUGAGCAGGAGAGCAAGUAUCCGCUGCGGAUGCCCGUUGGGAUGUACCUCGAGCAGAUCUCGCUGGCGCGCAAGGUGUUCCAAACGCUGCCUCCGCCUCCGGACGAAACUGUCUUCCAGCAGGGUCAGGUUGACGAGGUCGAGGUAAUGGACAUCCUGGAUCGGUGUGGCCUUCGGAGAUUUGCUAUGGAUGAUGCAGACUACUCGCAGGCGCUCUCUGGCAACUACUUCGCUGACAAUCCCGCGGCUGUGUAGCCUCUCGUCAUAUAAAAUACAUAACAUC